AUGGCUUUGAAGAAAGAGGUUGUGAUUGAAAAGAAGGAAGUGAGGGCCAUUCAACAGGAGGUUGUCAUUGAAGAGAAGGAAGAGGAGAGAGGACCAGCCUUGGAACAAUAUGCCCCAUAUCCUCUCUACAAAGGCAUGUUACUUGACAUAUCCAAGCAGAAAGCUCAGAAUCAAAACAGGAGAGCUCAAGAAGAGAUUGGGACAGCUAUUGUACCAACAAAACUUGAAGAUCCAGAAAAGCUUGGACACACUGAAUUCAAGCCAAGCAAUCUCUACAUAAGUCUAGCUGAUGGUUCACACAAAGAUGUAGUUGGUAAAUUGGAGAGCCUCCUAGUCAAGAUAGGCAAGGCAAGAAUUCCCACUGAUUUCAUCAUAAUAAAGAUGGAUAAGGAGGUAGAGGAUCCAAUCUUGCUUGGGAGACCAUUCCUUGCCACAGCAGGAGCAAUCAUUGAUGUUAAGGAGGGGCUGAUAAGGUUGAACAUAUCUGAAGGUUUGACCAUGAACUUUGAUAUUACAAAUCCAUCUAACCUACCAACCAUUGGAGGUCAACCAUUUAAGAUUGAAGAUAAGGCUGAUUUUGGGGUUUUGAGAGAAGAAGAGACUUCAACAGCUAAGGUCACAUCUCAUGAGGAAUCAGUUCAACAUCUUAAGGGAGUUCCAGACGUCACUAAGGACAGCGAGGAAUUAGAUGGGGAGGAUUUUGUUCAAGAUGAAGCUCAGAUCAAGGAUCCGGUCGAAACUGUCAAAGACCCAAUCGAGCUAGUGAAGCAGUCCGAACCUAAAGCAGUUAAGGAACCUGUUGUUUCUGAUGACAAACCUGCGAGGUGCCUAUGUGAUCCUUGCGCUUCAGUUAAUCUGAUGCCACUCUCUGUUGCUACGAGGUUGGGUUUUACAAGUUUCAAGGGUUGUGACAUCUCUCUCAUCCUUGCAGACAGAUCAGUGAGACUUCCAAAUGUUGAGACAGAGAGUUCAGAACGUGAUAUCUCCGACUCGACCAACGUCAAGACCCGACUCGAGACACCGAUGUCCCGCUCGAUCGAGCCGCACCCCUCCCACUCGACUGUGAUCACUCCAGACUCUCAUGCUGACGACUGGUCGGAACCGAAAGCUCCAAAGGUAGAACUCAAAACUCUCCCUUCCGGACUCAGGUACGUUUUUAUGGGAACCAAUUCUACUUAUCCUGUCAUAGUGAAUGCUAGGUUGAGUGAUGAUGAAUGGAAUUUGCUUGUAACUGAGCUUAAGAAGUAUAGAAGAGCCAUAGGUUAUUUUUUAGAUGAUAUCAAGGGAAUCUCACCUAGUCUUUGCACACAUAGGAUCAAUCUUGAAAAUGAGUCUUAUACUAGUAUUGAACCCCAAAGGAGAUUGAAUCCUAACCUGAAGGAAGUAGUGAAGAAAGAAAUCUUAAAACUGCUUGAUGCUGGAGUUAUCUAUCCUAUCUAUGAUAGUACUUGGGUAUCUCCAGUGCACUGUGUACCUAAGAAGGGAGGCAUAACUGUGAUCAAAAAUGAAAAAAAUGAGUUAAUCCCAACUAGAACCAUCACAGGACAUAGGAUGUGCAUUGAUUAUAGGAAGUUGAAUGCCGUUUCUAGGAAGGAUCAUUUUCCUCUGCCCUUCAUUGAUCAAAUAUUGGAGAGAUUAGCCAGUCAUCCCUACUACUGUUUCCUUGAUGGGUAUAGUGGAUUCUUCCAAAUCCCUAUCCACCCAAAUGAUCAGGAAAAGACAACAUUUACUUGUCCUUAUGGCACUUUUGCCUACAGACGUAUGCCAUUUGGUUUGUGUAAUGCUCCUGCUACCUUUCAAAGGUGCAUGACAUCGAUUUUCUCGGAUUUGAUUAAGGAGUUAGUGGAAGUGUUUAUGGACGAUUUCUCUGUAUACGGUUCCACUUUCUCCUCCUGUUUGUUAAAUCUGAGCAGGAUUUCUGAGAAAGGAAUUGAGGUUGACAAAGCUAAGAUUGAGGUCAUGGUUCAGCUUCAACCGCCUAAGCCAGUGAAGGACAUCAGAAGCUUUCUGGGACAUGCUGGGUUUUACAAGAGGUUCAUUAAGGACUUCUCAAAAAUUGCAAGACCUUUGACAAGGUUGCUGUGCAAGGAGAUUGAGUUCGAAUUUGAUGCAGCAUGCUUGGAAGCUUUCAGCAAGAUCAAGGAGGCCUUGGUUUCGGCACCCAUAGUACAAGCUCCGAAUUGGGAUCAUCCGUUUGAGAUUAUGUGUGAUACUUCAGACUUCGCAGUUGGAGCAGUUCUGGGACAGCGUAUUGACAAGAAGCUCCAUGUCAUCUACUACUCAAGUCGCACCUUAGACGAGACCCAAGGAAGGUAUGCAACCACAGAGAAGGAACUCCUAGCAGUUGUGUGUGCAUUCGAAAAAUUUAGGAUUUAUCUUGUGGGUUCGAAGGUCAUUGUGUAUACCGAUCAUGCUGCUCUGAGACACAUAUACUCGAAGAAGGAUACCAAGCCAAGACUGUUGAGAUGGAUUCUGCUUCUUCAGGAGUUUGACAUGGAGAUAGUUGACAAGAAAGGCAUAGAAAACGGAGUAACAGAUCAUUUGUCAAGAAUGAGGAUUGAAGAUGCUGUUCUCAUAGAUGAUUCGAUGCCUGAAGAACAACUUCUUGUCGCCCAGACUUCACCAUGGUAUGUAGAUGUCAUGAAUUACAAGGUUUGUGGAGAAAUUCCUGAUGACAUGGAUCCCUACAGGAAGAAAAAGUUUUUCAGGGAGGUUAACCACUACUUCUGGGAUGAGCCCUACCUGUACAAAAGAGGUUCUGACGGUAUGUUCAGGAGAUGCAUAGGGGAAUGUGAUGCUUGUCAGAGGAUGGGCAACAUCACAAGGAGGAACGAGAUGCCCCAGAAUCCGAUCCUAGAAGUGGGGAUAUUUGAUGUUUGGGGUAUAGACUUCAUGGGACCUUUCAACACUCCAUCAAAUGGUAAUGUCUAUAUUCUAGUGGCAGUUGAUUAUGUAUCUAAGUGGGUCGAAGCCAUUGCCAGUCAUACCAAUGAUCACAAGGUUGUUCUGAAGCUGUUCAAAAGUAUAAUUUUUCCAAGGUAUGGGAUACCCAGAGCGGUGAUCAGCAAUGUUCAAGAAAGCGCUAGGCGUGAUGAUGGAACUCACUUCAUCAACAAGGUGUUUGAGAGUAUGCUGAGAAAGUAUGGGGUCAAGUACAAGGUGUCUACUGUGUAUCACCCUCAGACCAGCGGACAAGUUGAAGUCUCGAAUAAGCAGAUCAAGGGUAUCCUAUCAAGGAUUGUUAGAGUUUCGAAGAAAGAUUGGUCUGUCAAGUUGGAUGAGACUCUCUGGGCGUACAGAACAGCAUUCAAGACGCUAAUAGGCAGAACACCAUUUCAGUUGGUAUAUGGUAAAACAUGUCAUUUCCCUGUAGAGGUUGAGUACAAGGCGCUUUGGGCUAUCAAUUUGCUGAACUUAGAUAUUGAUACAGCUCAGGCUAAGAGGACUCUUGAUCUACAUGAACAUCCUCACGAAAAGCAAAGGCAUUGCGUCUGCACCCAUAGAGUUCAACCACCGCCGUCCUCACAGUCCCAACCGACGACUCGACCGGCGAAGCUGCGUCCCUCGAGCCAACAUCCUCUCACUCGACCACCACCGCAGCAUCACGCUCGCUUCAACACUGCCAUUCGUCUCUCCGUUCAUCACCGCCGUCUCACCUCGCACUUCCGAACUCGUCAAUCGAGCCCUUACUCGAGCCCUCAAUCGAGCGGUGUGAUCCCGCUGCUUGCCGUGAGAGAGUGUGAGAUCAAGCAGACCUGCCAAUCCGCUCACUAA